UCCGGCCAGCCCAGGAUCGUACUAUUACGCCGACGGGGAACAGCUUCCCUCGCGGGCAACUUGUCCGCCGCGCGGCCGACAUUAUCCGCUCGCUUGUUCGCCCCGUGGCCCGCGCAGCGCGCACCGAUUUCUCCCUCGCCAGGGCCGAGGAAAACAAAAAACGCCGGCCGCCGGAGCUGCCGCUCGUUUCUUCUCGCGCUACGCGACACGGGAAAGUGGCGUCUUCCGGGCGUCGUCGCGGUGGUCAGGUCGACGCGAGUGAACGGGAACCGGCGACGGUCACCGGUGUGCCGACGCUGCCCGCCGGCGCGCGGCUACGCGAGGAAACGUGGUCCCGGCGACGGAGAUGAUACGGGCCAGGUGAUCGCCGCUGGACACAGGGGUGUCUUCGAGCGAGAGGACAGGCAGGUCACCGGAGGGACUCGGAUGGAAAUAGCCGGGUCCGGGGCGUAAAUUGGUGACGCGGGAUCGUUCGCGGUGACGGGAAUAGGCGAGCGACGGCCGAGGCUGGGAGCAGCGGAAGAGACGUCGACGGCGUCGGCACCCGACGCCGCGUUUCCAGCUGGUUAACCGCACACUUCCAGAAUGGCUUGGAGGCAAGGGCCAUUAUUCUCGAGAUGCUGAAGGAAGUCGGUUGCGGUAGCAGCACACCCCCGCCAGGGGAUGGUGCGAUCAGCAAUCGCCAGGUCACCACCGGCGAGAACAACAACACGGACGCCAAUCUUGGUUGCGGGGGUUGCGGCAGGGAGAUAGCCGAGCGAUGGUACCUAAGGGCUGCGGAUCGUGCAUGGCAUUGCGGCUGUCUGCGCUGCUGCCAUUGCCGGGUCCCCUUGGCCGCCGAGUUGACGUGCUUCGCCAGGGACGGCAACAUCUACUGCAAAGAGGAUUAUUAUAGGUUGUUCGCCGUGUCAAGAUGCUCGCGUUGCCGGGCAGGCAUCUCCGCAUCGGAGCUGGUGAUGCGUGCCAGGGACCUGGUGUACCACGUGGCCUGCUUCACUUGCGCCUCCUGCGGCACCCCGCUGAACAAGGGUGAUCAUUUCGGGCAGAGGGACGGCCUGGUUUACUGUAGACCUCACUACGAGUUGCUCUGCUGCGCGGGCGAUUACGGGAGCGCGGCCGGAAGCAUCGAGGACAUCGGCUCGCCGGGGGUGUCGCCCCUUCCGGCUUAUUACAGCGCCGCGGAGCAGAGCCCGAUCACCUCGUCCGGCACGGUGCAGAAGGGCAGGCCCAGGAAGAGGAAGCUGUCUGAGGUGACCGGCUCCGAACUACCCGUCACGAUGAGGCUGGCCGCCGGUGCGCUUGAACUUCUCCAUCCCACCGAACUGUCUUCGUCCAUGGAAUCCCUGGCGGCGUACGACGCGUCUGUCGGAUCACCUGGUCCCGUGCACCAGAGCCAACGAACGAAGCGCAUGAGAACGAGCUUCAAGCAUCAUCAGUUGCGAACGAUGAAGAAUUAUUUUGCUAUAAAUCAGAACCCCGACGCGAAGGACCUCAAGCAACUGGCGCAAAAGACGGGACUCUCGAAGAGGGUGCUUCAGGUCUGGUUUCAAAACGCGCGCGCGAAAUGGCGACGGAACAUGAUGAGGCAGGAGGGCAACACGGCGGCGAGCAACGUAGGGUGUCCCGGGACCCCGGUGCCCUCGAACACCGGCGGUUCGCCGAACGUGGGACCGGCGGCGAGCAUCCUAGGGGACAGCAACAGCAUGCCGUCGACCUCGAUGGAGGAGCUGCACGCUCUUCAUCACCUACAUUCCGGCGUUUCCUCCCAGGUCUCGUUCUCCGAUCUUUACUGACGACGGCUUGAGAUGGAGGAAGACAGCUAUAGCAGCCUUUCCAGCCAUCUUGGAUGAAGGAUCGUCCGCGCGCCCUUCUUUCGGAACGACUUUCGACCGCCUUUUCGGGGGGGGAAUGGCGGUCCGCGCGACCUACUUGCUUUUCUUUCUAUUUUAUAUCCUCACGGUCGACGGAAGAGCAACCGGCCGCCGAAAACGGACACCGGUGUUCCGACAUUCACGGGGAUUUCCUCUUGAACAGGUGAACCUAAACAAUUGGGACACGCCGACGAUCUUCCCGGUGAGUAGCGAGAAAGUUGGCGAACUUCCAGGUAAACAGGUGGACGUCUCCAAAAAUGAGUACUCCUCUGGAUACCGAUGAAGUGUUGACCCGUUAGGAGGUCUUCAUUCGAUGCUAGUGUUCUUUCUUACCACGAACAUGCUAGAUUCUAGUAAGCCAUCGCCUCCGCUAGAAAGGGGCAGCUAUUAAAUACGAUGGUUACGUAACGACUACCGAUUUCGCAGACGUGAACCGCGCGUAAUAGGAGUAAAUAACUGUUCAUCCAUCAUGGGGAUCAUAACUAGUAGCCUCUUGUGUAUGGUCGGUAGAUCAGCUGACGGGACUCUGGAACGAUUUGCGAGCGAAUUGAACAAUGCUCACCGGGAAGUCGUCGGGUCUUGCGAUUCGAUCAGGCCGACGAGAGUCGGCGAUGAUCGACGGGUGUCCGAGAACGACAGAUUAUGUUUAAGUAAUCAGUGAUAAUAAUCAUAGUUCCAUGCACAUCCGAAUUACCAAAGGUACUAGGCGAUAGUUUAUCUCGCUAGCGCGAGCUGGGUAUUUGUGCGGAGAACGAGUCACCAUUAGAGAUUCCUCGGAGGGGGGAGUGGGCCGCGUUCGAUUAUGAAAAUGUCGCGCGGCGUUCCUUGGCUCGCGAAGUUAAUGAGGGCCGUUUAGCAUCUAAUUGGGAUUCGUCCGUUUUUCAGACGGAGUCUAUUAUCUGUUCUUUUUUCGUCUCGAUCGUACUCGAUUAUACACAGGAUAUUUGAAAGUUUUGUUUUCGCAAAACGGUGACAAUAUGUGCUGAGAGUAAAAGCGGGGGAAGACGUAGGUUCGUUAAUACUUUGUUAAUGAGCGGCGUCAACCUACGAAGCUGGGAGAUGAUAUUUGAAGACGGUAUUUGUGAACCAAGGUUUACAUCAUACAUAUACUGAUUAAUCGAUUGAUUUUCUCCGGUUUAUAACUGUAAUGUUUCGUGUAAUUAUAAUUGGACCAACGACGGUCUCGCUUCGAUACCUCGAUCCUGCCCUCGCGACACGCGGCCCCGACUUCGCGCGCUGCUUCUCUUCCUUGUUAGCCGAACCGAAGAAGUUAAUAGAGACUUUUUGAUAUCGAGAACGAUGACGAUUCGCGGCUAGGAUCGCGGAUGAACAGGUGACGUGUCUUGAAACGGCGUUCCUCUCCUCGUGCCAAAAUGUAGCUAAGAUACGAGUUUUUUCUACGGUGCCGCGCGAAUCCAAAGGGAUCACGGAUUAACCAAUGUCUGCAGCAUUCAGUUCGUCGAUCGUCGGUCUUGUCGAUACAGGAACAUUUGAGGAUUAUUUAACCUUGAACAUUCAUGUAAUUCCUUGACAUAGACACCUAAGAAAUUAUUUCCAUGUGAGUAUAAAAAUUCUUGAAGAAUUUAAAGUGGGAUUAAAUGUGUCUUUAAUAAUUCAAUGGUUAAUAUUUGCAUUCACGAUUUAAUGAGAACGAAAUUUACUUCCCUUUGCGUCUAAUUGUAAUAUAGACUCGUAAUUAUCAUUGAAGCUUCCCAACUCGAAGUCCAUGCAUGUUUAAUCGAUCCGUGCAUAAUGGACUGUAAUGUACGGAGUACAAUACACGAAUAUUCCUUUCGAAUAGUCCAUCUUUGGAUUCGAUCGGUACGAAAAUACACUCAUUCGACCACUGACGACACGGUAUGUAUAUUAGUGAGAAUGGAAAAAGAAUGAAGGAAAAUUAGCGGAGAACACGAACUCGCAGCAUUUUUAGCCAGAUUCAAGCCACACGUAUGGCACGAUUGCGAAUAUGGCUUCGGGGACAGUUUUCUUUUGAAAUAAUCGCGAGUCGAUGUGUAGCAAAGUGAUGGACACCAAACGUCGGUCUUUUUUUUCUGGCCAAUUAAGUUCACGCGAUUUAAAUUCCCGAGAUCGAACAAGAAGGUAAUAGGAACGAGAAUUCUUCUGCGCAAGAGAGAGAACGAGUGAGGUAGAGAUAGAUAGGGAGAGAUAGAGAGAUAGAUUGAUAGAUAGAGAGAGAGGGAGAGAGAGAGAAGAAAAAAUAAGUUUACUAUCAACCGAUGGAGUACAAUAUUUAUAAGCGGCGACGGCGUGAAGCAUUACGCUUGUUAAUUGCUGAACAAGAUGGCCGAUCGGAGGAUUCUAAAUCGUCUAAUUUACGUGCAAUUAUUCCGCGCGAACAGGAUCUCGUCAAUUAAACGUGUCUCUUCCUUUCCUUGUUUAGCUCGUUUUCCACUCAUUUUGCGACACAGAACCCGAGUCGUACAUAGUUUGCAUAGCUGGAGAAAAUGGCAACAGUCGCAUGUUAGGCAAGCGUAGCAUAGCGAUGAUUUCAUGUACGUCGGCGUCUUAAAGUGCGUGAACCAAUUAUG